CUCUCUUGUCCUCUCUCUCUCCUCGGCAGUCUGCUGGAGCUCCACGCCAGGAUUAGAGGGUUGCCGCCACUGUCUGCUCAUAAAGAAAGAAAAAAAAUAUCCGGAAUAUAAAACAGCCUUUACUUGAGACAUUUUGACAGUUCAACUCGCUCUCAAGUGUCUGGCAUCUUAUUGCUAAGACCUCACCUGGGGGAGUAGACUGACAGGGACUACCUUCUGGACCUCCAUACGGAGAGCCAUGUGAGCUGCACCCCACCUCACACUGCCCAUCACUCCUAAGAUAAAGGGGGCACACCUUUUGGAUUCUUCCCCUUCCCCUGGACCGGGUCACUUUCCAUACUCACCAAGAGGGAUUCUCCAGGCUUGUCGCUCUGCCCCCCUGGAGCCACUCGUCUUGGGGCGCUGGUAGGGCUGUGAGUGCCCCCCUGGUCUGGAGGCCAGCCGGCAGCACUCCAGCACCAUGGAUUACCUGUUUGGCUUUGUGGUGCUGCUAUGCGGGGCGCUACAGCCGGGAAGUGGACUAGAGCCCAAGCACAAUGUACCCAGGCUAAAGCUGUCCUACAAGGAGAUGUUAGAGUCCAACAACCUGGUGAGCUUCGCGGGGCUGGCCAACAGCUCCGGCUACGACACCUUCCUGCUAGAUGAAGAGCGAGGCAGGCUACUGGUCGGUGCCGAGGACCACAUUUUCUCCUUUGACCUCGUCAACAUCAACAGAGACUUCAAACAGAUCGCAUGGCCCGCCACCCCCUCCAAGCGGGACGAGUGCAAGUGGGCGGGGAAAGACCUCGGGAAAGAGUGCUUGAACUUCAUCCGCGUUCUGCAACCCUACAACCAGACCCACUUAUUUGUCUGCGGCACCGGAGCCUUCCAUCCCAUCUGCUCUUACUUGGAAAUGGGCAAGAAAGCCGAGGACAACAUCUUCCGGCUGGCCUCGCAUUUCGAGAACGGUCGCGGCAAAAGUCCUUACGACCCCAAGAUGCUCUCUGCGUCGCUCCUGAUCGACGGGCAGCUCUACUCUGGCACGUCGGCCGACUUCAUGGGACGGGACUUUGCCAUUUUCCGGACGCUGGGGGAUCACCAUCCUGUCAGGACUGAGCAGCACGACUCCAGGUGGCUCAAUGACCCGAAAUUCGUCGGCAUUCACUUGGUCCCGGAAAGCGACAACCCUGAGGACGACAAGAUCUUUUUGUUCUUCAAAGAGAACGCCAUGGAUGGAGAACACACGGGUAAAGCCACCAUUGCUCGGAUAGGACAACUGUGUAAGAACGACAUGGGAGGUCACCGCAGUCUGGUCAACAAAUGGACCACCUUCCUCAAGGCUCGGCUUAUGUGCGCCGUACCGGGCAUCAACGGCAUCGACACGCACUUUGAUGAACUGCAGGACGUUUUCCUAAUGACCUCCAAGGACCCCAAGAAUCCGCUCAUCUAUGCCGUUUUCACCACAUCCAGCAACAUCUUCAAAGGCUCGGCAGUGUGCAUGUACAACAUGGCCGACAUCCGGAGGGUGUUCCUGGGCCCCUACGCCCACAGGGACGGACCUACAUACCAGUGGGUACCCUUCCAAGGCAGGGUUCCCUACCCCCGACCUGGAACUUGUCCAAGCAAAACUUUUGGCGGUUUCGACUCCACCAAAGACCUCCCGGACGACGUGAUCACGUUCGCCCGGGGCCACCCGGCCAUGUACAACCCGGUGCACCCCAUCGGCGGGCGCCCCAUCAUGGUGCGCACCGACGUAGACUACCAGUUCUCGCAGCUGGUGGUGGACCGCGUGGAAGCCGAGGACGGCCAGUACGACGUCAUGUUCAUCGGCACGGAUAUGGGCACUGUGCUCAAGGUGGUUACCAUCCCCAGGGAAAGUUGGCAUGACCUGGAGGAGGUCGUGUUGGAGGAAAUGACCGUCUUCAGGGAGCCAACCACUAUCACUGCAAUGGAGCUGUCAACCAAGCAGCAACAGUUGUUUUUGGGCUCAUCCCUGGGGGUGUCACAGAUGUCCCUGCACCGCUGCGAGGUUUACGGCAAAGCCUGUGCCGAGUGCUGCCUGGCCCGAGACCCAUACUGCGCCUGGGACGGCACUGAGUGCUCUAGAUACUUCCCUACCGCCAAGAGGCGAACAAGACGACAGGACAUCAGGAAUGGAGACCCACUUUCCCAAUGCUCAGAUCUUCAGCAUCACGAUGACGUCGACGGCUUGGGUGGCGGCGUAGGUGGCGUGGAGGACCGCACCGUCUACGGCGUGGAGAACAGCAGCAUGUUCCUGGAGUGCAGCCCCAAGUCUCAGCGGGCGCUCAUCUACUGGCAGCUGCAGACGCCCGGUGGCGAACGCAAGCAUGAGAUCAAGAUGGACGACCGGGUUCUUCGCACGGACCAGGGCCUGCUCAUCCGCAGUCUGUCCCAGUCGGACACGGGCGUGUACCACUGCCAGGCGGUGGAGCACGGCUUCAUCCAACCACUGCUGCGUCUUAGCCUGCAGGUCAUCCCCGCCCACAGGCUGGGUGACAUCCUCCCGGGGCUCCCCGGAGCCGGGGCGCCGCCCCCCGACAAGCAACGCGUGUGGUACCGGGAUUUUCUGUCCCUGCUGGAUCACCCAGACCUCAACACCGUGGAGGAGUUCUGCGAUCGUGUUUGGAAGAAAGAGCGGAAGCCCAAGAAGGCGAAGGCGCCCAAUGGCAACCCGCCGCUGCGGCCCAAAGCUUUGGCUCCAAACACGCAAAAGCUGCAAGCCGCUCCCCCGCAGGGCAAAGCUUGGCUCCAGUCCGGAGCCGACAACCAGAAAAGUCAAGCCGGCUUGGGCAUGUUGAGUGUCCAGGCGCCCAAGAACCAACCCAAGACGCAGAGCGGUCCGAAGGGGCAGGCGGCGGCCCGGGCGGGGACACAGCACGCCGCCAAGUGGCGACGCAUGCAGGACAACAAGAAGGGACGUAAUAGAAGAACCCACGAGCUGCAAAGACCCCCAAGGAGCGUUUGAAGGAGGGCGAGGUUAACACCAAAAAAUAAGCACAAAGAUGAGCACAUACACACACAUAUGCACACACGCACGCAUAAGCACACAUUCUGUAGAUUUUAUCUUCAUUUCAGUUUUCAGUGACCUCUACAUACACAUCACGACAUGCACACGAGCUGUGAAUAUUAGCAGCGGGAAAGCUACAUGUAAAAACGUGCGAGGACGUAGCCGGUCGCCAUGGAUACGGCCCGGCGGACACUUGCGCCUCCUUGUAUGUACAUAAGCUAGUCCACACUUAAACGCGGUUUAAGACGGGAAGAUGGCGGACUAUUUCGGAAUGAAAAAGAAGCAGCACAUUCUCCGCGGGACUCGAGCAUGUGAUCCCCCCCCCCCCAACACCGAAUGGAACAAACUCGUUUGCUGACAAGAAGCAAAAAAAAAGGAAUCUUCCAUGUCGCAUCACAUACAGUGGGAAGCAUCGUGCAUGUUGUUGUCCAUCCAUGUGUUCAAUAAGCUACUUAUUUUACAGGCUUUUUUUUUUUACAUCCUGAAACAAUUUGUUUUUAUAUAAGCCACACAACAUGACUGCAGCGGUCUCAUUGUCCCCUCUGUGUAACUUAUUACAUCCGCAACACACACUUGUUUAAUGUACAUAUAUAUACGACAAGCUUCUCUCUGUGUGUAUAUACAGUACAGGAAACACCAUGUGAUCUUUAUUUAUUGCUCGUUUUGUGAAAGGGUUGCAUUUAUUUUUUUAUAUUAUGCUGUUUUGGGGUGGGGCUUGUCAGUAUAUUGGGGGUGGUUAAAUAAUACCUUUGGACCAACUGGAUGGAAUUAGUUUCAUUUUCAGGAUAGAAAUACAGAAUAUAUAGAUAAAUAUAAAUAAGGCCUAGCGACGAAAAGCACAAUUUAAUUUUCUUUUCAGGACUUUUUAGGUUUCUUACACAUCCAUACACAUUGUUUAAUUAGAUGUAAGAUAUUCCCCUGAAGAAAACCAGUUCUAGCUGUGAAUCUCUGUAAGAAAUAGCGCAGACAAAUAUCCAGUUAGCCCGAGGAGAAGACAUGUUAUAUUGCAUGUGAAUGCUGCCUACAGUUUUUUUUUUUUUUUACUGUCUCAAGUGUUUUGUGUAGGACUUCCCUUCAAAUGCCAACAAGAGUAAUGUUAUUAACAACAUAAUGAGCUGCCCCCCCCCCCUGAAAAUCAAGGACGUUUAGUCUAACCCUAAUUCAGUUUUCAACUGGAACACUGAACGUGACUGCAGCUGCUGUAACACAAUUCUUUAUGGCAUGCAUUCGGUUGUCUGAAUAAACAUCUCUGUUACAAA